AUGAUGUCCUACCUCCAGCCUCCUGGACGCAACCUGGAGCGCUUCGAUGGGCUUUCUCUCAUUUACUGGACACUCAUGGGACCAUAUGGCAUGGAUCGAACCGUGCACUGCUUUGAUUUCUACGACUGUGCAAAUGGACUGGGUAUUAAGGUAAUCGGUGGCAUCAAGGAACUCACUGGAGAAGAAUAUGGAGUUUAUGUUAAGCGGAUCCUUCCAGGGGGUGUUGCUUACGCAGACGGCCGCCUGCAGCCAGGAGACCAGAUCCUGGAGGUCAAUGGAGAUUCCUUAAUUGGGGUUACAAGCGAGAGGGCCGUGGACAUCCUGAGGACAGCAUCGGCCACCAGCCAUAUGCGCCUUCUUAUAGCCCGUGAUGACGACGCCAGGAGAGAGUUCUCCGAGUUGCUGGAGAAGUUUGGCUCCCAGAGCAAUACAGGCUCAGCGCGGAGCUCACCGAUCCUGCACAGCAACAGUCGAUACCUGGAAAGUACAUCCUCGGGCUCCUCCUCCCGCUCUCAGAGCCCGCUGCUGCUGAGCCCUGCCAACUCCCACGGCCCCUUCAUUGGGAACCCAGCACACCCCCCUCAAGCACACUACUCCAUUGAAUCAGGAAUCCAGAGCAUUUCUAUAGCAAAAUCCUCCGGCUUAGGGCUGACAAUCAGUGGUGGAUCUAACAGGCCUGAUGGCCCCAUGAUUUAUGUUCAAGAGCUUAUGCCAGAUGGUGACUGUUACAAGGAUGGUCGGCUCCGACCUGGUGACCAACUAAUCGCUAUCAAUAAAGAUUCUUUGGUGGGCAGCACACAUGAAGAGGCCAGAAAAAUAAUUGCAAAAGCCAAAUUCAGAAUAGACGUGAAAAUCAUUUUCCUGUGCCUUCUUUGUCACCAGACAUUUGCCCACCAGAGCUUACUGUUUCAGGUUCUGCAGUAUCUUGGUCUGGAUGUGACUGAGGAGAAGAAGAGGCAGUUACGGCAAAGCUUGACCACAGACUCGCAGGGGACAGUGGCCUGCGGAGAUCUUCUCCAAGCACUCAGGGAUCUGAUGCAGGAGGAGCUGGACGAGGCAGGUCUGGAUUCCAGCUCCAUGCUCUUCACGCAGCACGAAGUGGCCAGUUUGCUGGAUACAUCGGCUUUUCACUCUCCGACCUUCGACGCCCUCAGCUGUAAUGGCAAUGAGGAGCUGGAGCAGCUGCAGCUGGAAAUGGUGGAUCUGCGGCAAGAAGUCCGAAGGCUAAAGUCUCUGCUGAAAGAGGUGGAGAUCAGCAAGAAGUCAAUGGAAGAUGAGCUUCAGAGACUGAACCAGAAAGCCCUGGGCUUCCUCUCCGAGAACCAGACGCUGCACAGCAAGCUGCAGAUGGCAGAGGUCGUACAGAGACAGGCUCACAGCGCAGAGCAGGACUACGAGGAAGUGAUCCACUUACUGGAAGCUGAAAUUGCAGAACUGAAGAUGCAGUUGGUGGGGAAGAAAGCAAAACACGUCUCUGAAAUAGAGGAGGACAUUCUGGAACUGAGAAGACAGUUGUCCCUGGCUGAUGGCCAGUUACGAAAGUCAGAAGUCUCACGGAAGCGCCUGGAGAUCUGCAAUAGGAAACUGCUCCUGUUUGUGCAGGUGAAGUGCUGA